UGAAGGGUUGUAAUGACAUCCAACAAAUGUACGACGAGACGGUGGAGGUGAACGGUACAGAGAUAGAAAGCCCCAGCUCUGAGGAGGGACUUGAGGAAAUGUCCAAAUUCAACCCGCCUGUGCGGCACACCGCUCGCCAUGAUUUCGACUCAGAUUCUGAAAGCGAUUCCAGUCCGGACAAAUUUGAGAACUUUUCAGAGGAGGAUCUGUCCCCUGACAGAAAGUCUGAACAUUCAGAUAAGGAUGAGGUGAAGCAAACCAAAGAAUCUACCGAAUUAUCCAGGCAGUCGAGCAGACGCCAUGAUUCUUCUAAUUCUGAAACAGAUUCCGGAGAUAUAGAGCCAGAUUUGACAAGACCAGACCCAGUGCUGCCAUCAGCAGGGAGUGGCAAGAAACGAGGCGUGGUGAUCCCUGCAGAGGGAGCUUACGAUCCCAAGCAGUUUGCAGACCUUAAGGUGCCCCCGGAAAUGGAGAAUAUAUUUCAGUAUAUUAUGAAAUAUACGCCGCAAAAGAUCGACAUCGAGUUCAAGCUACAACCCUUCGUGCCGGAGUACGUGCCUGCUGUUGGCGACGCGGAUGCGUUCAUAAAAGUGACGGCCCCGGCGUGCGGACCGCGGGCGACCCUUGCUGAGCAGGCGCUUGAGUUUAUUGAUAAUUUGGGUUUAACGAUACUAGAUGAGCCGUCGGCUGAGCAAAGCGAAUCGGCGUUGUUACACUUGCAACUACGCGCCAUAUCGAAAACGUCCAGCGCUAAAUCUACUGUGUUAACCAAGAAGAUAGACAACGCAGAGAAGAACCCAAAAGCGAUCGAGCGCUGGAUCAAGGAUGUCAGCGAGCUGCACAUGUCAAAGCCGGCACCUACCGUCACUUAUACUGCGAAAAUGCCAGACAUAGACAGCCUGAUGGAGGAAUGGCCAGAGUCAAUGGAAGAAACGCUAAACGACGUCGGUUUCCCGCCUUCCACGCUCGACUGUUCGCUGUCAGAAUACGUAGAUUUAAUCUGUGCCGUGUUUGACAUUCCCGUCGUUGGUGACACUUUGAAUGACAGAAUACAAGCGCUACAUUUGCUGUUUAGUCUGUAUUCAGCUGUCAAAAAUUCGCAGUUAUACGCGGAUAGGAUAAAAGAAGAAAAGGGAUAAAUGUAACAAUAUUAAAUUAUUCUACAGUUU